GUUCUGUGAACUACACGGUUCCUUUUGUUAUACAGGUAACAUUGCCAUAGGGCUAUUAAGGAGGGGCCGUGUUCAACACACAAAUGUGCCUGAUAAAACAAAUUAAAACCCAGAACCUUUGAACAGCUUCUAAGUCAACAACCAUAACCGUAAGACCACUUUGCUACGAUUUUGCUACCAAUGGCAACAGCUAAGCCCCCCUGUUUCGUUUGACUGCCGUUACAAAUUUUCUGACGAAAAGAGUCACGUACUAUUUAUUAAGUUCACAGGUGCGCCCCUGAACCGGUUUGUCUACUCAUUGUCCUUUAUCAACUCCAGUCGUGGUCUAUAAAAUGGCUACCGCAGUCUUUAGGUGGAUAAUUCAGUCCGUGCAGGACACUUUACAGAUCUAUGGGCUGAAUUUGCAGUCUUUGCUGGUCUUCUGUACGGCGUUUGUCCUGGCAUGUGCACUUCUGAAACGUUCCCCAAACCUGCCUCCUUACCCGGCAGGACGUGUGCCUGUUCUCGGGCACCUCCUCGCAUUGGGCCGAGCGCCACACCUCAAGCUGACGGCGUGGAGGCGGCAGUACGGGGACGUCUUCACCGUCAGGAUGGGAAUGGAAGACGCGGUGGUUCUGAACGGCUACACUGCCGUCAAGGACGCGCUCGUGGACAGGUCCGAGCUGUUCGCAUCCAGGCCGCCAAACUACCUGUUUGAUUUGACAGUUGAUUCCGGAAAAGACAUUGCUGCUGCACGUUGGGGGACCCAGUUUAAACAGAGAAAGAAGUUUGCACUCACCGCCUUAAAGAACCUGGGCAUGAAGGUCGGAAAUGGCAGCAUUCAGGAGAGCAUCCGCGAGGAAGCGAGCAAUCUACGAAACAGGAUUGCAGAAUACGAGGGUGAGCCCUUUGACAUCGCCCAUGACGUCACCGUGACGGUUGCAAACGUCAUCUGCUCCAUGACGUUUGGAAAGCGCUACGACUACGAGGAUGAAACGUUCCGCGAGCUGUCUGAAGCAAUUUUCACAGUAAUGGCUGAAGUUGGAGCCGGACAGAUCGUCAGCGUCUUUCCUUUGUUACGGUUUGUUCCUGUAGCGAACCGAGCCAGCGUCAGUGUAUCUCGACAAAUCGCCAAGAUCCAAAAAGUGCUGAAAGAAGAAAUGGCCCGCCAUCGAGAACACCUGGAUCGCGAGAACCCGCGAGACUUCCUCGACUUCUGCCUGCUGGAGCUGGAACAGCAGAAAAAGAGUCUGACGGAGGAAAACGUGCUGUACAUAGCUCAGAACCUCUUUCUCGGCGGUACAGACACAACCACCCACACACUGCUGUGGAGUCUACUCUACAUGACUUUGAACUCCGAAGUACAAAACAAGGUACAUGAGGAGCUUGAUGCCGUUGUUGGUGAGAGUCUGCCCGCCCUGUCCCACCGUUCCCAGAUGCCCUACGUGAAUGCUUGCCUGAUGGAGGUCAUGAGAAUCCGUUACGUCGGACCUCUUUCGGUUCCCCACGCCACGACAGCGCCUGUAAAAGUGCAGGAAUAUGACAUCCCUAAAGGGACCCAGUUGGCUACAUGA